AUGACGAACUCUCUAGAGGAACGUUUGAAAACACACUCCUCGGCUUUCGACGGGUUGUUGUCCUUGAUACCCGCAAAGUACUACUAUGACGAUGCUACCCAAGAUCAGUGGCAGCAGAAGAAGAAGACGAAGAAGGAGGCUGCUGAAGACAAGAGGGCCAAGUUGGACCCUGAAAAUGCAUCCCUGGCAGACACAUACAACAACGGUGGUGCCAGCGCCAAAGACGUGAUGGAUAAUAAAGCUAAGACUGCUAAGAAGGUUUCACUUCCGAAAGCCUCUUCUCCUUCAGACCACAGCGAUGAGGAGGUUAUAAACGGAAAGGCCGGCCUAGUAUUUGACGAUGAAGGCGACGUACAUGAGGCCAAGCAGGAGGAGAAGUUGAAGUCACAGAAGCUACAGCAAAAGCUGAAACCACAGAAGAAGCAGCUCAGCGAGGAAGAGAAGCAGGAAAAGGAAAAGAAAAGGCUCGAAUUGAAGGAGAAGCUUGCCAGCAAAAUCCAGAUUCUCAGAGAAAAGAGAAGAGCACCCGGCACGAAAAAUGCUGGUCCGCUAAAAAGCAGAGAGCAGAUCCUUGCCGAGCGUAAGAAGAAGCAGGAGUUGAAAAGACAAGAGAAGCUUAAAAGAAAGAGAGAAGAGGACGAGGCCGAGUUCGUGGAAGGCGGCAACGCCGACGAGGACAAGUCAGAGGGUGAAGAUAAGUCAGAGGGUGAAGAUAAGUCAGACGAUGAAAAUGACGAUAUGCUCUUUGGCAACAUUGUUUUCAAGGAUGGCACCCGUGUUACAUCCGACUUGUCCAAGCUCCGGAACGGCAUUGCUCAGAAUAAGAAGAAGGGCCCCGCCAACAACGAUAUCAAAGCACACUUGGUGAGACUUGAAAACAAAAAGCGCAAGUUGGCCCUGAUGACCCCGAAGAGCAGGCCUCGUUGA